GGGUUCAUUUUUUUUUAGAGCCAAAUCUUCCACGAAACUCAUUUCUGUCUUUUUUUUUCCUUUUCUCUCUUACUGACAAAGAGAACUUCACAAUCUCCGCUAAGAUUGAAUGUGUUGGAGUGGUGGUGUUGAUGGGGAAGGGGAGAACUAGGGCAGUUGAAACAGGGCAAAACCUGAGUGUUUCAUCGACUGGGUCAUUGAGUAUACCCUCGGGGCCGGUUUAUUACCCUAGUGAAGAGGAAUUUAGGGACCCAUUAGAGUAUAUUUAUAAGAUCAGGCCUGAUGCUGAGCCUUAUGGGAUUUGUAAGAUUGUUCCACCUAAAAAUUGGAGCCCUCCAUUUGCAUUGAAUGUGGAUUCUUUUACUUUUCCUACGAAAACACAAGCCAUUCAUCAGUUGCAGGCAAGGCCUGCUUCAUGUGAUUCCAAGACUUUUGAAUUAGAGUAUAAUAGGUUUUUGGAAGGACAUUGCGGUAAGAAAUUGAAAAAGAGAGUGGUUUUUGAAGGGGAGGAGUUGGAUUUAUGUAAAUUGUUUAAUGCGGUGAGGAGGUAUGGGGGUUAUGAUAAGGUUGUGAAGGAUAAGAAGUGGGGGGAGGUUUUUAGGUUUGUGAGGUCAGGGAAGAAGAUUUCAGAGUGUGCUAAGCAUGUGUUGUGUCAGUUGUAUAGAGAGCAUUUGUAUGAUUAUGAGGGUUAUUAUAAACUAUUGAAUUGGGAGAGGGGAAAAAGUUGCAAGAGAGGCAUUCAUGAGGACGCAAAAAGUGAAAAUAAGGUUAAAGUUUCUAGCUCCAAGAGGAGACGGAAGAAUAGUGACCAUGAGAAAGUUAAGGUCUGUAAGGUAGAGGAGGAAGAGCUUGAUCAGAUAUGUGAACAAUGCAGAAGUGGGUUACAUGGUGAAGUGAUGCUACUUUGUGAUAGAUGUAACAAGGGGUGGCAUAUAUAUUGUCUGUCACCACCAUUGAAGCAGGUACCACCAGGUAACUGGUAUUGCUUUGAGUGCCUGAAUUCUGAUAAGGAUAGUUUUGGUUUUGUUCCUGGCAAGCGGUUUACUUUGGAAGCUUUUAGGCGUUUGGCUGAUCGAGCCAAGAAGAAAUGGUUUGGAUCAGCAUGUGCUUCGAGGGUACAAAUAGAGAAAAAGUUUUGGGAGAUUGUGGAGGGAUCGGCAGGUGAGGUGGAAGUUAUGUAUGGAAGUGAUCUGGAUACUUCUGUUUAUGGGAGUGGUUUUCCACGUGUAAAUGACCAGAGGCCAGAAUCUGUUGAGCUUAAGGCUUGGGAUGAAUACUGUAGGAGCCCAUGGAAUCUCAAUAACUUGCCCAAGUUGAAAGGUUCAAUGCUGCGGGCUGUUCACCAUAACAUUACAGGUGUCAUGGUUCCUUGGCUGUAUGUUGGGAUGCUAUUCUCAGCGUUCUGCUGGCAUUUUGAAGAUCAUUGUUUUUACUCAAUGAACUAUCUUCACUGGGGAGAGCAAAAAUGUUGGUACAGUGUCCCUGGUAAUGAAGCUAGUGCUUUUGAGAAGGUGAUGCACGAUUGUCUUCCUGAUCUAUUUGAUGCACAACCUGACUUGCUCUUUCAGCUUGUUACCAUGUUAAAUCCAUCCGUAUUGCGAGAAAAUGGUGUUCCGGUCUAUAGCGUGCUACAGGAGCCAGGAAAUUUUGUCAUUACAUUCCCUAGAUCUUAUCAUGGAGGAUUCAAUUUGGGUUUAAAUUGUGCAGAGGCUGUAAAUUUUGCUCCUGCUGAUUGGUUACCACAUGGUGGGUCUGGGGCUGAGCUGUAUCAAUUAUAUCAUAAAGCUGCUGUGUUAUCUCAUGAGGAGCUUCUUUGUGUGGUGGCCAAGAGUGAUUGGGAUAGCAAAGCAUCAGCUUAUUUGAGAAAAGAAUUACUCAGAAUAUAUUCUAAAGAAAGGACAUGGAGGGAGAGGCUUUGGGAUAGUGGCAUAAGAAGAUCAUCUCCCAUGUCUCCUCGGAAAUCUCCUGAAUUUGUGGGUACUGAAGAGGAUCCAACAUGCAUCAUUUGUAAGCAGUAUUUGUAUCUUUCUGCUGUUGUUUGCCGCUGCAGGCCAUCUGCUUUCGUGUGCCUGGAGCACUGGGAACACCUUUGUGAGUGCAAAUCCAGGAAACGUCGUCUCCUUUAUCGUCAUACUCUGGCAGAAUUGGCUGAUUUAGUGCUUAUAGUGGAUAAACAUGCUUCGGAGGAAAUACCACAGAGUGAUGGUUUAGAAAGGAAUAUCUCAUGUUCUAAUGAAUUGAAUGCUUCGAAAAAGAAGGUUAAAGGUGCCCAUGUUACUCAUGCUCAACUUGCAGAACAAUGGCUUUCGCGCUCGUGUAAGAUUUUGCAGAAUCCUUUUUCAGGUGAUGCAUAUACUAAUCUGUUGAAGGAAGCUGAACAGUUUCUAUGGGCUGGUUCAGAGAUGGAUGCAGUCCGGAAUGUGGUAAAGAAUCUGACUGAAGCUUGGAAAUGGGCACAAGGAAUAAGAGACUGUCUUUUUAAAAUUGAGAACUGGCUUCCUGGGGGUGAUUCUGAGAAAGUUUCACUUAAAAGGGUUAAGAAAUUGCUUAGUUUUGAUCCUCUGCCCUGUAAUGAUCCAGGAUAUCUCAAGUUGAAGGAUUAUGCUGAAGAGGCCAGUUUGUUGGUUCAGGAUAUUGAUGCUGCUCUAUCAACAUGCUCUAAGAUCAAUGAGUUGGAGUUAUUGUAUUCAAGGGCUUGCAGCUCACGAAUCCAUGUGAAACAAAGUGAGAAGUUAUCAAAGAAAAUAUCUUUGGCAAAGGUCUGGAUAGACAGUGCAAGAAAAGUUAUCUCAAAUAAAUGUCCUGCAGCGAUUGAGGUUGACAUUCUUUACAAGUUAAAAUCAGAGAUAUUGGAGCUUCAGGUCCAAGUUCAGGAAACAGAAAUGAUUUUUGAUCUAGUAAGCCUGGCUGAAUCAUGUCAGGACCGGUGUAGAUCUGUAUUAAAUGGUUCUCUUACUCUAAAGGAUGUUGACGUGCUUCUUCAAGAAAUGGAGAGUUUCAGUGUUAACAUACCUGAGUUGAGACUUCUGAAGCAAUACCAGAUUGAUAUUUCUUUGUGGAUUGCACGUUUUAAUGGUAUUAUAAGAAAUGUCCAUCAGCGAGAGGAUCAACAAAAUGUUAUUGAUGAGUUAAAUCGCAUUUUAGAAGAUGGACAAUCUUUGAAGAUUCAAGUUGAUGAGUUGCCACUUGUGAAGAUUGAGUUGAAGAAGGCAUGUUGCAGGGAAAAGGCAUUGAAGGCAUGUGAUACUAAAAUGGCUUUGGACUUUCUUCAGCAACUGUUGACAGAAGCUGUUGUAUUGCAGAUUGAGAGAGAGGAUUUAUUUCUUAGUUUGUCUAGACAUCUUGCUGGUGCUCUGCAGUGGGAAGAAAGAGCAAAGGACAUGCUUGCACACAAGGCUCAGAUGUCUGAAUUUGAGGAUCUUAUAAGGACAUCGGAGGACAUAGUUGCUAUUAUGCCAUCUUUAGGUGAUGUCAAAGCUGCAAUAUCAGUGGCAAAUUCCUGGUUAAAUAAUACGAAGCCAUUUUUAGAAUCUGAUUUUUCUGGGUCAUCUGCAUCUUGUUCUUUGCUGCAACUUGGGGAUCUGAAGGAGUUGGUUUCUCAGUCAAGGUUUCUUAAGAUAACAUUGGAGCAACAAAGUCUGCUUGAAAAAGUUCUCGAAAAGUGCAUGAAAUGGCAGCAUGAUGCCUAUUCUCUACUGCAAGAUGUGGAGUGCCUAUAUGAUGUGACUGACAUUGGUGAUGGUCGGAGCAAUGGUCUUAUAUCAAAAAUUGAACAUCUUGUUAACUUGCUUGAAUCUGCCAUAAAAGCUGGUUUAUCACUUGGGCUAGAUAUUCCCGAGAUUCCAAAGCUUCAAAAUGCUUCUGGUACGCUGCAUUGGUGCAAUAAAGUCCUUUCUUUCUGCUAUUUGACUCCUUCUUACGAGGAUGUUGAGAGUUUGAUGGACAUUGUGGAACACCUUUCUAUCAUGCAUUCUUCAGGUAAUUUGUUGAACUCAUUAAUUUUUGGAGCUAAAUGGCUUCAGAAUGUCUCAAAGGUGAUUUCUGCAUCCGCAAAGUAUGCAUACACGUUGACUGAUGCUGAAGAAAUACUUGCUGAAUAUCAGGGUAUCAGGAUCUCCUUCCCAAUGAUGGUUGCACAACUUACAGAUGCUACCUGCAAACAUAGGUUGUGGCAAGAGCAAGUGCAUCAGUUUUUUAGUUUAGAAUUGGGGGAGCGGUCGUGGUCUCAAAUAAUGCAGCUCAAGGAGCAUGGAAAAGCUUCGUUCUUUACAUGUGCAGAGCUAGAUAUGGUCCUGGCUGAACUUGAAAAGGUUGAGAAGUGGAAGCAACGCUGCAUGGAUGCUGUAGCAAACUUUGCCGGGGAUGAUAACUCACUGCUCUGUUCCUUACAGAAGAUCAAACAAUCCCUAGACAGAUCUUUGCACAUAUACCAAAGGUCACCGGGUUCUGAGGAUUGGGAUUUUUUAACUUGUUCGACAUGCAAGGACAGCUACCAUUUGCAGUGCGUAGGAUAUAGAAGUCAUGCUAAAGAAGAGUAUGUAUGCUCAUAUUGUCAGAUUCUCGUGGGUGGAUCAAUACCUCACAAUGGAGUUGGCAUCGUGCGACAUAAUGGCAAGUAUUUGGACUUGAAGCUUCUCUCUGAACUUGUAUCUGUUGAUGAAAAUUUUUGUGUAAGGAUUGAAGAAAGAGAUAUAUUACAACAAAUUGUGGAUCAAGCUUGUGCUUUCAAAAAGUGUUUGACAGAGGUAGUGGACUUUGAAAUGCAUUGCUACGAUAAAGAUCAGUUCAGUGCUGUUGGCAAAAAACUCACUACUGCUUUGAAGGCCAUUGGAAUGGCAGGUGUAUAUGAUCAUCAAAGUUAUUGUGAUCUUGAGCGGGCAUUAGCAAGAUAUGCAUGGAGAUUCCGAGUUGCUAGAUUGUUAGAUGCUUUAGAGAAUGGUUUAGAAAAGCCUUCAAUCCAACAGAUUCAGCAGCACUUGAAAGAGGGAGAGGCAAUGAACAUUUUACCUGAAGAUUGCUUGAGAUUGAAGCUUUCGGAAUUGAAGGACAUUGGAUUACAGUGGGCAGAUUGUGCCAAGAAGGUUGCAACAGAUUCUGGGGCUCUUGGCUUAGAUGGAGUUUAUGAACUCAUCGCAGAGGGGGAAAGUUUGCCAGUUUGCUUAAAGAAUGAACUUGAGUUAUUAAGAGCUCGAAGUAUGCUUCAUUGCAUUUGUCGAAAGCCCUAUGAUGAGAGAUCAAUGAUUCCUUGUGGUCAAUGUGGUGAGUGGUACCACAUCAAAUGUGUUAAAUUAGUCUCUCCACCAAAGACUUAUAUCUGUGCAGCAUGUAUGCCUGGGACCGAAAACUUGGUGUCCAAUUUAGAAACAUUGGAUCAUGAGAGAUGUACAUUCGCAAAAUUUGUGGAGCCAAAGACACCCUCUCCUCGUCGACAUACAAAACCAAGAAUUGUGCCAAAGAAAUCUGAGUCUAUUCUCACUCAAAAGAUGCUUACAAUUAGAAAUAGGAAUAGGGGUAGUAGUUUAUUUGGUCAUCCGAGUGGGAUAGAUCGAUUAUGGUGGCGAAAUCGGAAGCCUUUUAGGAGAGCAGUUAAAAAACGUGCUGAGCUUGAUAGUCUUUCUUCAUUUUUCCAUAGACAACAAUAACCACAAGAAUAGCUGGUUGGAACUUGGCAAUCCAUUUCAUUAAUUCAAUUGAUUCUUGUGGCUGAAGCCAUGUAAUUUUUGCCAGCCCAAUAAUCAAUUAUUGGCAACUUUCACCUUGUCCUGACCUGGUUCAUUUUGGUUUCAAAUGUGACCUCCUCGACAUCAACAGCUUUAUUUACUCUAAUGGCUA